AUGGAGCCCACGCACAGCGAGGGCAAUAUAGAGUCUCAGUCAACAAAUGACAGGAGGCCGAGACGUUCGGCACGCACGCGGUCCUCUGUCCGUGAUGUCUGGGUGGGCAUCGACUUCGGGACCAGCUCUGUCAGGGCUGCCUUCACGGACGGCGGUCAGCCGUCGGAGCAGAUUCCAAUGGGCGAGACCCACGAUGUGAGCGGCGGUCUCGUCACGUCCUACAGAUUCCCAACGGCCGUGUGGUUCAAAGGGCCUGCCGAGUUUGAACUUCUGGGCCACCAAAAGGCCUCGGACUUCAGCAACAUUGCGUCAGGUGUGAAGCAGUCAUUGGAUGCCAACAUGUGCCAAGAAGGAGGCCAAGGCCAGCGGUUCAUGGCGCUGUGUGAGAAAUACGGCGUCGAUAAGACGGCGAUUGUUUGUGCGCUGUUCAAAAACACAUUAGAGUGCAUCACCAUGUGCCUCGAUGCAAGCCCAGGCGGUCGACGCAACAUGGCAAGGGCAAGGGUGAACAUUACGGUGCCCGUGGUAUGGUCCGUAAACAAGCGUGGUCAAGAGAUUCAAGACGAGAUGGAGAGGAUCGCAGUGCGCGCCGGCUUCCCGGAAGACAAGAUUUACUUCGACACCGAGCCAGGGAGUGUUCUGGCCUAUUUGGCACAAAAGUACGGCUGUUCGAAACGACGUCGACGGGUAUUUCUCAUCGAUGUGGGCGCUGGUACCGUGGAUGUUGCCGGAGCCGAAGUCGACGACGCCCGCGUGCUUCUCGUCAGCGACCCACAAGGCUGCAGCGGUGGCAUGGCCGACGGAUGGCUUGCAUUGCAAUAG